UUAAGCUAGACAGCAUGCAGGAGGACUUUGGGGAAAAGGGUGAAGACGGAGUGAUGCAGGACGAAGACGCCAUGAGCCCACAAACACAGGACUCCAAGAGCUCGACCGGGGAGGAAGAAAGCAGUGCGGUGCCCUCUGCACCACCAUUACCUACUUCACCCCCGUCUCCACAGUGUCAGAGACCGAAACUGAUAUUUCACACUCAGCUUGCUCAUGGAAGUCCUACAGGCCGCAUUCACGGCUUCACCAAUGUAAAAGAGCUGUAUGCCAAGAUUGCAGAGGUUUUCAACAUCUCUCCUUCAGAGAUCCUCUUCUGCACUUUAAACUCACACAAAGUGGACAUGCAGAAGCUGCUGGGAGGGCAGAUUGGGCUUGAAGACUUCAUCUUCGCUCAUGUCCGAGGAGAAACCAAAGAGGUGGAGGUCACUAAAACGGAAGAUGCCCUUGGCCUGACCAUCACUGAUAACGGUGCAGGAUAUGCUUUCAUAAAGAGGAUAAAAGAGGGCAGCACUAUCGACCGGCUGAAAAACGUGUGUGUGGGUGAUCACAUCGAGGCCAUCAAUGACCAGAGCAUUGUGGGAUGCCGUCAUUAUGAAGUGGCAAAGAUGCUGAAGGAGCAGCUGAGAGGAGAGCCAUUCACUCUCAGGCUGGUGGGACCUAAGAAAGCAUUCGACAUGAUUGGUCAAAGGACACGAGCGCCCAAAUCCAGUGAGGGCAAAAUGGUCAGUGGGAAAGAAACUCUCCGUCUGCGCUCAAAAGGAACAGCAACUGUUCAGGAAGUGCCCAGUGAGUUUGAAGAGAAGGCCAUUAAGAAGGUUGAUGACCUUCUGGAGAGCUACAUGGGUAUUCGGGAUCCUGAACUUGCAACCACAAUUGUUGAAGCCGCCAAAGACAAGCAAAAUCCAGGCGAUUUCGCGGAGGCUCUUGACUCUGUUCUGGGGGAUUUUGCCUUCCCUGAUGUUUUUCUGUUUGACAUCUGGGGAGCUCUAGGGGAUGUAAAAAAUGGCAGAGUUUAGAGCAGUUCUUCAACUUGGCUGUAUUUCCCAGUAUUCUUUCAUUGAGACUUUGGUAUUAUCACAGUAUUCUCCUGACAGAGGUAACUGUUUUAUUAUUUUUUUGCAAACCUUGGUUGCAACUGGCUGUCCAUGAUUCAGCAAGAGAUAUCACUUCAAUUUCUUAUGUUUAUUAUUAAACUCAGUCCUGAACUUUAGCUGCAGCACUAACACUGCCCCAGCAAAUCUCUGAGUGCAAAGACCAGAAGUGUGCAGUGUCAUUAACCCAUUUAUUAAAACAAACAAACAAAAAAAUGUCAUAAGACCUUAUAUAUGAGCCAGUUAUUGGGGGAUGAGAUUAUAAUAAUGAGUAUAUAAAUAAAGAAAUGUAAUGAUUGUUACUUUAUCAGGGUCUUUAAACCAUGUUUAAAAUCAAUUACCAAUUAUAAUAAAACAAGACUUGUUCUCACCCUUACAUCCUUAAAUACUA